AUGAUAUCCAAUUGGUGAGCAGACGCGUUCCACAUCCAUUUUGAUAUUCACAUGCAAGGGAUCCUUCGAUUCGAAGAGGUAGUGUAGUGUAGUGCACAGGGUAUCAAGGGUAUACUAUAUGUGGAGCAAUUCGAGUUGCAUCUUUGAGCACGAGCGCGGAUGAUUGAACCAUCGCGAGGUUGGAGCGCGCGUGGGAAAGGCUGAACGAGAAUUGCUUCGAACCUCAACUCCAACUCGAAAUCCGACUCAGCUCUUCUGCGCGACGAUCGCAUCUACAUCGGCCAGCCAUGCACCCAGACCUCUCCAAAAGUGUCUUUGUCGCGCAUCGCCAUUCCAGAUCGGACAGAGACUGGCGUGAGUGGCAUCCUUGAGCGUGUAUACAUGCCACCGGUUCGGCACUGUGCUCAUGUCCGACCCUCCGACUGGCAAGGCAGAGCACGUUGGAUCGACGACGCUGGAAAGCCGAGAAGCCCGUCCGUUGGUGUCCGCGUUCGUGCCCCGCACCUGUCGCCAAGCUGCAUCACCAGCGCUCAUCAGUCGUGCAAGGGCUGGCCGGCGUUGAGCAUCUGCAACGACAGCGUCAAGCUUGGAAGCGGGAUUCAGGUGCGGACUGGGUAG